AUGAGCUGGAUAAAGAGUUUAAAAAAUCAGAACGACCAUAACCCCAACACCAUCCACAACAGAUCAACUGACAAUCCUCCAGCCUCAAAAUCAGCAGCAAAUACGUCCACUGCAAAUAUAAACAAUUUUAAUUUUGAUAAUGAGUUGUUGCAUCCGUAUCAACAAACUAGCCACAGUGAAAUUAAUGACAAACCACCGACCAUUCGAAUACGCGACGACGAUGGUUAUUCUACCACAGAAGACGACAGGUCUUCUAUCCGGAGUAAAACAGCCUCUUUGAUCUCAAGGCACCUUAAGAAAGACCAUUUGAAUCUUUUCCAUAUGCCACAUGGUUUUAUCAAAAGCUAUCUGCGGCACGGUCAUCGAAGGCAUAGUAGUGAUGAUUCGGCUUCUUCAAAAGUACCUGCCAGCUCAGCCGCUACUAUCGCCGGAUUGACAAUGACACCUGCUGAUGAGAAACGCGAUAAUUACAGCAGUUACAACAGAAAUAACAGCAAGGUUGCCCAUCAUCAACAUUCGUCAUCAGGGCUUUUGGGUAACCAAUGGGCUCAUCAUCGUCACUCUUUUUCAGACUCCCGAUCCAGAGACUACUCUGGGGAAGAGGGCGAGAAUAUGACACAGCAACGUCGACGAUCGAAUCAUGCUCAAAACGGUUCAAGACGACCUUCGAGUACGCAUACAGGCGAUCUGAGUGAUAGAGCAGACAGUAAUCAAACUUGGCACAGCCGAGAGAGCUCUGUAUUCUCAUUGCCGGAAUAUGUGGACAGCCCAGAAAUUGGGUUUCAAAAGUUACAGAAAGAUGGCGACCUGGUGGACUGGGAUGAAUUGAGCACGUUUUUGAGAGAGGAAGAAGUGGACAGAGAAGGUGAAUGUGAGCUGCCCGAGUGGAAGGUGGAUAGAACUUUUACACGAACACUUGUGAACAAUGAACUGAUACGACUUGCUCUGAAUGGCCUUUUCCUAAGUCCUAUACAAAUACAUUCCAAAAAGCAUGUGCUUCAUGUGGGCUGCGGCAAAGGUUUAUGGUGCAGUAAUACAGCCUCCUUAUUUCCUAACUGGUUAGUCGUCGGGAUGGAUGAUGUGACAGGUGGCCCUUGUCCAGAUCAAAGAAAAGUACCAAAGAAUUUCAAAUACAUACGCUGCUAUUACGAUAUAUUAAGGACAAUGCAUGAUAUACCCUCAGAAUCCUUCGAUUUCAUUUAUGUGCGGUUCUUGUUAGAUAGCUACAGCGAAGACGAAUACAAAACGUUGAUUCAGGAGUGUAAACGUAUCUGUAAACCACAUGGUUACGUCGAAUUCCAUGAAAUGGACAUGAGAAUCUAUGGCUCCCCCAGACCCGGUCCAUGUACACAUAAGCUUAAUGGGAAAGUGUUUCAAAUUAUGGAACGCCAUAACAUUAAUCCACGGCUAGCGCGAAAACUGAGUUCUUUGGUACAAAAUAUAUUUGAAAGAGAAGAUCAAAAACCGUCACCCAUUGAUACACGGGAAAUGUUACAGAAAAAGCAGCAGCGAUUCUAUAUGAAUUACACGUCUUUACCGAUUGGAAAAUGGGGUGGUAAACUAGGCGUAUUAUUCCGUGACGCGAUCAAUGAUCUAUAUUUAGAUAUCAAGAUGCACGAAUGCGCAGACUCAGACGUCAGUUACGAAGGCAGUGUCAGCAGCUUAAGUGAUGCGAUACCCUAUGAUUCAGAUAUAGAAACGAUGGCUCGUGAAUUAGAAUCAAGAAAAGCGUUUAUGAAUAUAUAUCAUGUCUAUGUCCGGAAGAGUUCUGUUCACUGA